GAGUGUGUGGGAUCGUUUGCCCAGUCACACUGGAAACUUUUCACCCCUCCUGCUUUUAUAUUUUUCACUGGGACGUUUUCGUGCACCGAAGUGGCGCAUUAAACAGCGCAGAAUUGCUGAUGUAGUGCAAAACUAUGUGAAGAUGGACUUAAUGAAGCUUAUCGGAACGGUUUUGGCAGUUUGUUAUCAUCCAGGCUGCGCGCUGAAAGGGUUCUCGAGUCAGCGAAUAUGCCGCCGGGGCAUCGAGAGGCCUUGCUAUAAGAUCGCCUACCACCAGGACAGUACGUUCAGGGUUGGUUUUGAGGAGGCCAGAUGGGCAUGCAGAGAAGAUGACGGAGAACUGCUCAGUAUCGAAUCCGAAAAUGAGCAAAAGCUGGUGGAGAAAUUUGUUCGAGGGUCACAGGUCGCUUACGGGGACUUCUGGAUCGGUCUGAGAAGAAACCAGGGCCGCAGAGGGUCAGGAGCCGGGGACUGCUUAUCACACUAUUAUUGGCUGGAUCGGAGUCGGACCACCUACAGGAACUGGCUGUUUGAAGAGCCCUCAUGUGGUUCUGCACACUGUGUGGCUUUGUACCACAGACCCAGCGCUUCUGCUCCUCAGCAAGGCAGCCGGAUGUUCAAAUGGAUUCACAGCAACUGCAACAUCAAGAACAACUUCAUAUGCAAGUACUCAGAAGAAAAAUCCCUGGUUCCCACUGCUGCAGGAAAUUCCAGCACUCGCUCAGACGUAACCCUGAAACCAAAACAACUACCUGCCACUUCGGAUUAUGAAAAAGUAAAAACAGGAUUUUCUGAAUCAUCAGUGACUGUAUCAGAUGCCUCCAUCAAUGUUUACUACAUCCUGCUGGGUACUGUGCCUGUCCUGCUGCUGCUCAUACUGGUGGUCUCAGUGGUCCUCUGUUACAGAGUCGUGGCUAAGAAGAAAACAGAACAAAAUGAAAUCUAUGCUGUUCCUGGACAGUGGUUAUCAUCUUCUGCCCUGAAGAACACCAGCGCCUACGCUCCCAAAAAAAUCCCCACCCAGCAUGUCGCCCAUCUGGAAUACAUGAGCUCAGAAAUCAGCAGAACGUAUAGUAUCACAGAUCCCAGCAGCCCCUCACUGGACUACGAGAACGUCCCGAGCGGCACCACGGGCUUCGUCACCAACGCCAUCUACGAGACCUGCCGCCCUCCAGCGGGCAUGGAGGCGGGGUGGGUGGAAAACGACAUCUAUGGAUAGUAAACAUGUCCAGUAAUGGAAGAAAUCCAAGUGACCUCCAGCACAACUGGCUGGAAAUCAUCUCAUCUCUUUCUGUCCUUGAUUUUGUACUUUGAUUUGCUCUUUAUUAAACCAAUGUGAAGGACAUGGGGUCCUGUAAACACUCGUCCCCCGGGGGACAGCAGGUACAGUUUUCUAAAAAUAAAGAAUAGAAAGAAUCACAAAGGUGUCAUCAGCUCGGAGCCACUUCCUCCGUGUAUGCCAGUUUCCGAAAACAGGACGGUCCAUUCCGAAAGCCUCACCGAUGACCCUUCUGCUCAUCUGAACAAUGUCCUGUCCUGUCUCACUGCUCAUGUCCCUUUUGUUUUUCAGACUCUAAUGAUCCGGCUGUGCACUACCAGAUCAAAGACAGUUUUGUUAAGCUUGCUAAAGGAAUUCCUCUCACUUAACUAUACAUUUGUGAACGUUUUAUUAUUUUUUAUUGUUCUCAAUGUGUUGUUUUGAUAAAGAGUUACUAAUUUGAGGAUUUAUAUGUAUAUUUGCAUGGAGAGUGCAACCGAAGCUAGUAAGAACAGGAGCAACAGCCUCUAAGCACAUGGUAACAAAUACGUAGCUCACUUGACAGAAAACAGUGUCACCUGUGUUCCAGCAGCAUCUAAUUCAUGGUGCAUUUAUUGCAUAUAACGAUUUCAAGAAUAAAAGGCCCUUAAAAAUGUAUGUCAAAUUUUACCUUCAACUGUAUACAUGAUUUAUUUAUAUGUGAAUUUGAUUGUAUAGUCGUCAUGGCAACAGUUUUGGUUUUUGUAUGAUGCAUGCAGCAGGUGUGUUGAAACGAACAUCAUAUUCAAACAUUUUUAACACUAUCUAAGGACUAAUAAACUGGUUUAAAAGGA